AUGGCCGGCCCAUUCCCCGUGAAGAACGCCACGGUCCCGUACUGGCGGACGCAGCUACACCAUCUCGACUCCCACCGCAGUACCCCGGAACUUCCCGAGAAGCAGGACAUUGUCAUCAUUGGCGCCGGGUUUGCGGGCGCGGCUCUAGCGCACUACCUGCUUAAGGAUAACCCUGAGCAUGAACCGAAGCCGAGUAUUACUAUCUUGGAAGCCCGGGAGGCUUGCUCUGGGGCUACCGGUAGGAACGGCGGGCACAUCCGGCCCGAUCUCUUCGUCGCUCUCGCUGCGCGCAUGCAAGCGCAAGGCCUAGAAACCGCGAACCAAGUUGCGCUCUUCGAAGCCGCCAACGCGGAAGCCAUCGUCGCACUCGUCCACGACGAAGGCAUCGACUGCGACUUGCACGUGGUAACCACGGGCGACGUGUUCGUGGACGCGGCCGAAGCCGCUAAGAUCAAGAAGCUAUGGGACGCCAUGACGAAACUCAACUGCCCGUCCCUGCGCUCCGUCACGUACCACGGGCCGGGCGACGCGGAGCGCGUGUCGGGGAUCGCCGGGGCCAAGGUCGCGUUUACGUACCCGGCGCAUGUGGUCUGGCCGUAUAAGCUGGUUAUGCAUUUACUGGAGGGGGUGGUGGGAAAAGGGGUUAAUUUGCAGACGAAGACAACGGUGCACGGAAUUUCCGAGACGGUCGACGAGGAAGGGUAUUGGACGCUGGCGACGGCCAGGGGGGCGACUCGGGCGAAACGGGUUGUUUUUGCGACGAAUGCGUAUACGGCGGGUUUGUUGCCCGAGUACGACGAUGCGAUAUAUGCGGCUCGGGGAACUGUGUGUAGAGUCCUGCCGGAUGCGCCGGCCACGAAUAUACCGCUGGGAUCGGCUGGGCUGGAGAUGGAGAGCCCCAAUUCGAUCGAUUCAUACUAUGGCUUGCGCCAGGAUGGGAGUAUCAUUGUGGGAGGCGGGAAGAGCGCGUUUGUUGACGAGAGGGAAGCGUGGUAUAGGAAUUACGACGACUCGACACUGAUCGAGUCCACGGUGCCAUAUUUUGACCGCUGGGCUGCGAGGACGUUUAUAGGAUGGGAGGGGACGGAGACGGAAACUGAGAGUAUUUGGACGGCUAUUAUGGGUUACUCUGCAGACAGUGCGCCACACAUCGGCCACGUACCGUCUAAGCCGGGACAAUACAUCUGCGCCGGUUUUGACGGUCAUGGCAUGCCGAACGUGUUGCUAUGCGCAAAGGGGUUAGCCGAGAUAAUUAAGGACGGCCGCCCCUUUUCGGAGACCGGGGUGCCGGCUGUCUACGAAACUAGUGCGGCACGGCUUCGGAAGAUUUCCGAGCUGGUUGAGGCUCCUACCAUAGGACGGGCGCAGGCUGAUAUUUAUUUGAAGUUUUGA